GCCCUACUACAAUUCCCAGAGCCUCGCACUCUACCACAAUCCCCUUAGAGUCUGCCGCGCAGAGUUCUGGGACUUGAAGUCCGCGGCCUAUUUACCCAAGUUAGAGAUAGGGGCCUGUGGAAACAUGAAGAGGGUAAAUAGCUGUGUGAAGAGUGAUGAGCAUGUCCUGGAGGAGUUGGAAACAGAAGGGGAGAGGCAGCUGAAAAGCCUCCUUCAGCAUCAACUUGAUACCUCUGUCUCCAUUGAGGAAUGCGUGUCUAAGAAAGAGAGCUUUGCUCCUGGUACUAUGUACAAGCCCUUUGGGAAGGAAGCAGCUGGGACAAUGACUUUGUCCCAGUUUCAGACACUGCAUGAGAAGGACCAGGAGACUGCUUCUCUCAGGGAACUAGGGCUCAAUGAAACAGAAAUCUUGAUCUGGAAGAGCCAUGUUUCAGGUGAAAAGAGGGCAAGACUGAGGGCAACUCCUGAAGCAAUACAGAACCGUCUUCAAGAUAUUGAAGAAAGGAUCUCGGAGCGUCAGCGCAUCCUUUGCCUGCCACAGAGAUUUGCAAAGAGUAAACAGCUGACCCGACGAGAAAUGGAAAUAGAAAAGUCAUUAUUUCAGGGAGCUGAUCGUCACUCCUUCCUCAAGGCUCUUUAUUACCAAGCAUACCACAAAAAGACAAGUGCAGACAAGUACAUGACCUCAAUGAAGAGGAAGAUAAAAUUAGGCACAAAAGAUGAACCCCAAAAGAAGAACAAAGGUGAUCCCAUGAACAACCUGGAAAGUUUUUACCAAGAGAUGAUAAUGAAAAAACGUCUUGAAGAGUUCCAACUUAUGAGAGGUGAACCCUUUGCUUCCCACUCACUGGUCUCAGCUACAUCAGUGGGAGAUAGUGGCACAGCUGAGAACCCGUCAUUACUCCAGGACAAGGGAAUACAGGCAGCACAGGGUAAAGGUCUCAGUCUCCAUGUGACAAAAGUUAUUGAUAAUUCACCUGAGCAGUGUUGGACUGGGCCUAAGAAGCUGACGCAGCCAAUAGAAUUUGUCCCAGAAGAUGAGAUCCAGAGAAAUCGUUUGUCAGAGGAAGAGAUCCGAAAAGUUCCUAUGUUUUCUUCAUAUAAUCCAGGGGAGCCAAACAAGGUGUUAUACCUGAAGAACCUUAGCCCUCGAGUGACUGAAAGAGAUCUUGUCUCAUUGUUCGCUCGGUUCCAGGAGAAAAAAGGACCGCCAAUUCAAUUCCAAAUGAUGACUGGACGAAUGAGGGGGCAAGCUUUUAUCACCUUCCCCAAUAAGGAGAUAGCAUGGCAAGCAUUGCAUCUAGUAAAUGGAUAUAAACUACGUGGGAAAAUAUUGGUGAUAGAAUUUGGAAAGAACAAAAAGCAACAGUCAAAUCUCCAGGCUGCUUCUCUCAUAUCAUCUGCUACAGAUAAAAGUACAGAAAUCAGUGGUAGCUAGAAGAUACAUAGAUUGUGAGUCUUGGGCGGUCUUUUUGGAUCUAGGAUUUGUGUAUAGAUUGCAACUUGUUUCGAAUUGAAGAAGAGAAACUAACUAAGGGAGAGAAAAAUCUAAUUAAGAUAAUCCCAUUCAGCUUUUAGAAAGAAUACGUAGAAAACAUUUUCUAUAAUCAAAGACUAUAUAGAACAAGAGAGUAUGCUGAGUAUGAAGGGUAGGGUACAGAGAGUAUCAUUUUCUCAGGAUAAAUUACAAAGGAUUAUUUCCAAGGAUUUUUUUUAAUCUUUAUAAUUUAUACAUGAUCUUAAAUAUUUGUCCCUAGAGAUAACAUUCUUUCCAAGACUGCCUCCUAUAUACAGAACUAAAAAACUAAUUAAAUGUUGAAACAUUCAUUUUCUAGAACCCAUUUGUCCCUAAUUUUAUCACCUAGUAAAUAAAUGAACAGGACCCCAGGCCUAACAUCAACAAACGCUGUUAAAUGAGAACUAUCAACAGUAGCAGUAGGUAUUUUCAGAAGUCAGUCCACAUAUUUAAUGAAUGCUUCCCCGUUAAGUUAUCAGUGUCUUCAGAAAGCUAUAUAUUUUUCUACUGAAAGCAUUUAGAUCAAAAUACUGAUGUUCUCAUGGUCAUUUAAGCUAGCUACCAUUGAGUAAUCAUUGCAUUCAAAGCAAUAAACAUUGAAUAAGUGUUUAAGAUAUGUUAGGUAUUAGGUAUAUGAAUUUUAGAAGAGGAGCGUACUAGCAAAGAAUACUAAAGGAGGAUGGGAAGAAAGUUCUCUAGAAGAGAGGCAGCCAGUCCCAAAUCCCACAGUUGUUUGUUUAUAGUUGCUGGAGAAUAGAAGAUGAUAUGGUACAGAGGAAGUAGUACAAACUUUGGAGUCAGACCUGUGUUUGAACUUCAUAGCCACACUUACCACUCCAUGACCUUGGCAAGUCAUUUAAUCUGAGCCUCAGUUUUCUCAUCUAUAAAAUGAGGAUAAUAAUACUGCUUACCUCAUUUGGUUGUGAGGAUUAAAUGAGAUGGUAUUAUCCAGGCUGAAGAACAGAAAGAGAAAAGAAUGAAGAAAAUUGAACAGCGUAUAGGAUCAUUAAGCACUCCAAAAUACUUGUAAAGGGAGUACCAGAAAAAGAGAAAGAAGCAGAAAAAAUAUUUCAAUUAAUAAUGGCUGUAAACAUCCCAAAUUUGAUGAGAAACAUUACCUACACAUCUACAAAUCUCAACGAACCCCAAGUAGGAUAAGCAAGAAGAAAUCCAUAGACACAUCAUAAUAAAAAUGCUAAAACCCAAAGACAAAGAGAAACUCUUGAAAGCAACACGAGAAAAAUGAACCGUAACUUACAAGGAAACCCCAAUAAGAUUAACAGCUGACUUUUCACCAGAAACAAUGGAGGUGGCAGUGGGAUAAUAUAUUCAAAGUUCUGAAAGAAAAACACUGCCAAUAAAGAAUCCUAUAUCCAAUAAAACUGUUUUUCAAAAAUGAAGAUGAAAUAAAGACAUCCCACGUAUUCAAAAACUGGGAUAAUUUGUUGCUGGCAGGCCUAACUACAGGAAAUAUUAAAGGAAGGUCUUCAGGUGGAAAGCAAGUGACCUCAGAUAGUAAUAUGAAUCUAUACAUAUAAAAAUAUAGCACGGGUAAAGGUAAUUAUGUAAUUAUAAAAGUUUAAAUGCAUUUUCCUUUCUUCUGUUAAUUGAUUUAAAAGGCAAUUUUAUGAAACAAUAUGUAUAUAGUUGUAUUGUUGGGCCUAUAACAUAUAAAACUGUAAUAUAUUUUCCAAUAACAAGACAAAGGAGGUGGAUGGAAGCAAAGCUGCAUUGGACUAAAGAAAUGACUCCAAAUGGUAACUCAAAUCUGUAGGAAUAAGUGAAGAAAACAAGAAAUAGGAAAUAAGAUUAAUAUAAAAAAGCUAUAAAUGUAUACUUGCUCUUUUUUCUUCUCUCAGCUUCUUUAAAGACAUAAAAUUAUAUUAAGUAAUAAUUAUAACAGUGUUUGUGGGUUUAUAAUGUAGAAAUAAUAUGCAUAACAAUAAUACCACAAAAAAGUGGGAAAAGGAAUAGGUUUUUAUAGGAAUAAGUGUUUUAUAUCUCAUUGGAAUUUAAUUAGUAUAUAUCUGAAGCCAGUUCAGUUAAGAUGUGUAUGGUAGAGCAACCACUAAAGAAAUAACUGAAUGUAGUGAAAAUAUUAUUAAAGAAAUUUAAAUGUUAUAUUAGAAAAUAUUCAGUGCAAAAGAAAGCAAAAGGAGGAAUGAAGAAACCAAAACAAAACUUGAGACGUAUAGAAAUUAAACAGUAAAAAAGCAGUUGUGAGUCCACCUGUAUUAACAAUAACAAUAAAUAUGAAUGGAUUAAACAAUCAAAAAGCAGAGAUUGUCAGACUGGGGGAAAAAAACAAGAUUUACCCCCAUGCUAUUUAUUGGAGUCACAAUUUAGAUUCAAAGAUACAAACAGAUUGAAGGGUAAAAGGAUAGAAAAAAAUAUUAGCCAAAUGGCAACUAUAAGAAAAAUGGAGUGGCUAUACUAAUAUCAGACAAAGUAGACUUUAAAACCAAAAAUAGCACUAGAGAUAGAGCGACAUCUUAUAAUGAUAAGAGGCAAUCCAUCAGAAAGAUAACAAUUAUAAACAUAUACACACCUAACAACAGAGCACCUAAAUACAUGAAUCCAAAACUGAACUAAAUGAAGGGAGAAAUAUACGAGUCUACAAUAAGAGUUGGGGAAUUCAGUACUCCAUUUUCGAUAAUAGAACAACUAGACAGAAGAUAAACAAAUAAAUAGAAGACUUGAACACUAUAAAUUAACUAAACCUUAAAGAGGUCUAGAGAACACUUCACCCAACAAGAGCAGAAUACAUAUUCUUCUCAAGAGUACAUGAAAUAUCUACAGGAUAGACUAUAUGAUAGAUCAUAAAACAAACCUCAAUAAAUUUAAAUGGACUGAAAUCAUGCAAAGUAUGUUCUCUGACCAGAUGUGAUGAAGUUAGAAAUCAAUAACAGAAAGUUGGAAAACUCACAAAUAUGAAUUAGACACACUUUUAAAUGACCAAUGGGUCAAAGAAGAAAUCACAAGGAAAAUUAGGAAAUCUUUUGAGAUGAAUGCAAAUGAAGACACAAUAUACCAAAACUUAUGGGAUACACCUAAAGCUGUGCUUAUAGAAAAAUUUAUAAGUACAAAUGCCUACAUUUAAAAAGAAGAAAGAUCACAUUCAAUAACCCACUUUACACCUAAGACACUGGAAAAAGAGGAGCAAACUAAACCUAGAGCAAGCAGAAGGAAGGAAAUAAAAAAGAUAAGAUAUAUAAAUGACGUAGAGAAUAGAAAAGCAGUAGAUAAAGUCGAUAAAACCAAAAAGUUGGUUCUAUAAAAAGAUCAACAAAAGUGACAAGCCUUUUGCUAGAUUGACCAGGAAGAAGACUUAAAUUACUAGAAUCAGAAAUGGAGUGAACAUUACUGCCAACCUUAUAGAAAUAGAAAGGAUUAUGAAGGCACACUAUGAACAAUUGUAUGCCAGUAAAUUAGAUAACUUAGAUGAAAUGGACAAAUUCUUAGAAAUACAAAAACUACUGAAACUAACAACAAAAAAUCUGAAAAACCUUUCACAAGAGGUUAAUUAGUAAUUUUAAAAAAUACCCACAAAGAAAAGCCCAGGCUCGAAUGGCUUCUCAAAUGAAUUCUAGCAAACAUUAAAGAAGAAUUAAUAUAAAUUCUUCACCAACUUUUCCAAAAAGUAGAAGAGGAGGGAAUACUUCUGAUGUAUGCUACAACCUGGAAGAACCCUGAAAAUAUGCUAAAUGAAAGAAGCCAGUCACAAAAGACUAUACAUUAUAUGAUUCCACUUAUGUGAAAUGUCCAGAAUUGACAAAUAUAUAGAGACAGAAAGUGGAUUAGUGGUUGCAUAGGCUGGGGGUGAUAGCUGAAGUAAAUGAAGUUUCUUCAGAGGUUGAUGAAAAUGUUCUAAAAUUGUUGUGAUGAUUGUACAACUCUGUGAAUAUACUACAAACCAUGAAUUGUACACUUUAAAUGGGUGAGUUGUAUGGUAUGUGAAUUAUAUCUCAAUAAAGUCACAAAAAAAGCAAUUGGAUACAACCCAAAUGUCCAAAUGUCAAUAGGAGAAUGAAUAAAUAAAUUAGGGCACAUCCAUUUAGUGUAAUACUACACAGCCAUUAAGAUAAUAGGAUAUAACUAUGAAUACAUUCUGACCUGUAUGGUGUCCAGGACUUAGUAUUAAGUUAAAAAGGAAGAAAUAUGUAUAAUGUGAAUACAUUUUUAUAAACAAAAGCAUUCUUAUAUGUAUGGUCUAUAUAGAUAUUUCUGAAUAAAUUUAGGAAAAAGCUAGGAAAUAUACAUACCAAAUUGUAAACCUUUUAGAGGUGGGAUUGGAUAGGCUGAAAGGGGACUUUUGCUUUAUAAAAUUUUUAAAGUGGUGUAAUUUGGGGUGAUUUUUACUUUUUUCAGUAUUUUUUAAAUAAGAUUUUUUUUUUAAAUACUGUGCCAAUGACUUGGCUUCCAGAAUGCUUAUCAGGCCUUCUCUGAGAAUAUCGUCUAACUAUACUCAGGACAAACCUUUCUUCCUUUGAUAUACUGCUCACUUAGGAUUAACUCUCCAAUUUUAAAUAUGGUUUAAGGGAGAGUCCUUCAAUAGCUCAGUUGGUAGAGCAGAGAACUGUAGGUGUGAUGAUUAAAUAUAGUUUAAGGACAAGAAGUAAGUUAUCCUGGUAUAACCUCGUGCACAUGUUACCCAGGGACAUACUUCUAAUCUGGACUUUUCAGAAGGAACUUCUCCCUGUUGGGAGGAAAAUCUCACUUCUGCCCUUUACUAGACCUACAGACCACUAACAAUAGAGGAAAAUAAAAGUGGAGAAUGUCCCUCAACUGGUGCAUAGAUAAACAAACUGUGGUAUAUCCAUACAAUGGAAUCCUACUCAGCAAUAAAAUCUAUGAUAAACUGAUACAUGCAACAAGUUGGAUGAAUCUCAAAUGCAUUUUGCUAAGUAAAAGAAGCCAAGCUCAAGAGGCUACUUACUGUUUGAUUCCAUUUAUAUGAUAUUCUGGAAAAGGCAAAACUCUAGGAUCAGAGAACAAAUCAGUAGAUGUCAGGGGUUAAAAAUGGGAGACUGGUUCCAAGAUGGUAGCACAAGGAAUUUGUUUUAAUAAUGGAAAUUUUCUGUAUCUUGAUUAUAGUUACAUGAGUGUAUGCAUUUGUCAAACUCCCUGAAUUGUACACCAAAAAGGAUGAAUUUAACUGUAUGUAAAUUUUUAAAUAAAUGUAAUUUUUAAUGGAGGAAAGAAAAAGUUUCUCAGAGUCAUUUCCAUAAAAUUUCU